AUGCCUGGGAAGAUCAGAACCGCCCUGAAAGUCGAUCUCGACAAGCCAGCCAAGGACCAACCGUAUUUGCAUAACAGAUGGCAUCCUGAUGUUCCCUUUUGUGGUACGAUCAAGAACGGAGAGACGGUCAAGAUUGAAUGUCUGGACUGGACAGGCGGACAGAUCAAAGACAACGACAGUGCCGACGAUGUCAAGAAUGUCGACCUGACUCAGAUCCACUACCUCUCUGGCCCGUUCGAGAUUGAAACCGCCGAGCCGGGAGACGUUCUUCUUGUCGAAAUCCAAGACGUGCAGCCCUUCCAGGACCACCCCUGGGGAUUUACUGGAGUCUUCCACAAGGACAACGGAGGCGGGUUCUUGGACGAGAUCUACCCAGAGGCUGCCAAAGCCAUUUGGGAUUUCGAAGGUAUAUUCUGCUCGUCCCGCCACAUCCCUGGCGUCCGUUUCGCCGGCCUCAUCCACCCGGGCAUUCUGGGUUGUGCGCCGUCCCCUGAGAUCCUCGCCGAAUGGAACAAGCGCGAAGCUGAACUCAUCUCGACGACGUCCCUGUCGCGAAUCGUCGCUCAGCCACCCCAACCAACCAACGUCCACGCCGGAUCCGCGGACGAAGCCACCAAAGAGCGUGUCGGCAAGGAAGGAGCCAGGACGAUCCCCGGUCGUCCUGAGCACGGCGGGAACUGCGACAUCAAGAACCUCUCUCGUGGCAGUAAAGUCUAUUUGCCCGUUCAUGUCAAGGGGGCGAAAUUUUCCGUUGGAGACUUGCAUUUUUCUCAGGGAGACGGAGAAAUCUCCUUUUGUGGCGCCAUCGAAAUCGCCGGCGAAAUCACCAUCAAGUUCCAAGUCAUCAAGGACGGCCAGAAGAAACUCGGCAUGGUCGGAGGCAAGUCCCCAAUUUACAUCCCCGGGCCCGUGCAGCCUCAAUUCAGCCCAGGUAGGAUGAUCUACUUUGAAGGGUUCAGCGUCGACGAAAACGGCAAACAACACUACAUGGACGCCACCGUGGCCUACCGUCAAUCCUGUCUGCGGGUCAUCGAGUACCUCCGAAGGUUCGGGUACAGUGACUACCAGGUCUAUUUGAUGUUGAGUUGUAUCCCCAUCGAAGGUCACGUCGCCGGGAUUGUGGACAUUCCAAACGCUUGUACCACCAUCGGUCUACCAAUGGACAUUUUCUCUUUCGACAUUUCACCAUCCGCCGAGGUGAAAAAGUUGGAUCUAGGAGCUUGCGCCAUGGCGAGUAAGUAA